AUUCAUUUGUUUUCUUUUUUGGCAGGAGAAACUCACAACAAAAAUUUUUGAUCAAAAAGAGAUAUUGAAGCUUAUUUCAUUUGGUUAAUUUAAAAAUUCUGUUACAUCAAAAAUGAUACUUUCAGCUUGUGAUUUCAAUUUCUAAAAGUUGUUAAAUGAUCAUGUCAUAAUGAUUGGUAAACUUGUUACCAAAUUUAUCCAAUCAUUACCCUCAUGGGAAGUAACAAAAUAUUAUGGAAGAGUAUGUAUAUAUCAAUUAAAAUGCUUAAAAUAUAAAGUUCAAACAAGUGAAGCAUGGUUUAAUUUUAAAUGCAAAUUUAUGCCAGGUAGUUUACAGAAUGAAUUAGAGUGUGAAGAACCUAAGCAAAAUAAAGUUAAAGAUAAAAAACAACAGGUAAAACAUAAAUUGCCAGCUGAUGCAGAAGCUUACAAGAAAAAACAAUAUCAAUUACAAUAUCCUAAGGAUAAAGAAGAUGAAUUUGAAGAUACUUCAUGUAAUGACAUAAAAGACAAUUAUAUGCAAAAGAAAAAUCAGAAAUAUGAAAGUGCAAAGCACCAAGAAAAAGAAGACUACAAUGCUCGUGAUGAUUAUAGGACAAAAAAGCAAAGAAAAGUGAAACGUGCUCAGUGAGUUUCAUUAUCUGAAGAAUGUGUACAUGUGAACUUGUGCUAUAUUAAUUUUCUAAAAAUUAUUGAAUGUCUUAAGAAAUUUGUAUCUUUUAUUAUUUAUAUUUGUACAUGCUGUUUAAUAAAAUGAAUAU